UCCAGUCACUACCACUCAGAGCCUAGUUCUCUUCCAUCGCAGCUGCGGCUGCUACUGCUGCCGCCGCUACCGCCGCCGCUGCCACUGCCACAACCACUACUGCCUCUGCCACUACCGCUGCCACCUGAGGAGAACUGCAAGACACGCUGCUUCUUAUCAUCUUUCUCCAGUGAUUUUGUUCAUAGCACCUGAGCUUUUUUUUAAUUGCGAUUAUUAUUAUUGCAAGAGAAAGAAAUUAAAGAAAAUAAGGACCACCUGCAAAUUGCAAAAUUACUCAAUUGUCUCUACGGGGGAAAAGCUCUCGUGGUUCACCAGCAAGGAGGGGAGCUGCUUUGGGGGUUUUGUGGGGGAGGGGGGAGUUGGUGGCACUGGCUGUUGGAAAGUUGCGUUCGAGGAAGAGGACAAGGUGCAGCCCCAGAUCCUGGGGGGGCGGUGUGUCUGUGUAAAGCUGCUGCCCCCCAUUCCCCCUUUCCCAUUCCUAACCUCCAAGUGGUACUAUUACCGAGGGGACUGGAGAACGACGCCCCCCUCCUGUGAAGUGGACUGUGUUCUUGCACACAGAAGAGGAGGAGGAGGAAGAGGAGGAGGAGGAGGAAUAUGGCACCGACAGCAGCCCACUCCUGUCGACUGGUCGUAAGCCUCCUGAUCUCUGCCGCCGUCCUUAGGCCAGGCCUGGGAUUGUAUACUGUAAAUUCAGUAUAUGGAGAUACCAUUGUUAUGCCUUGCCGUCUGGAAGUACCUCAGACCCUUAUGUUUGGAAAAUGGAAAUACGAAAAGCCUGACGGCAGCCCAGUAUUUAUUGCCUUCCGAUCCUCUACGAGAAAAAAUGUGCAAUAUGAUGAAGUACCCGAAUACAAAGACAGAUUAAGCCUCUCGGAAAACUACACCUUAUCCAUCAGUCAUGCGAGGAUCAGUGAUGAAAAGAGAUUCGUGUGCAUGCUAGUUACAGAGGACAAUGUGUUCGAGGCCCCGACGGUAGUCAAGGUGUUUAAGCAACCAUCAAAACCUGAAAUUGUAAAUAAAGCACAGUUCUUGGAAACAGAACAGCUGAAAAAGUUGGGUGAUUGUGUUUCAAAAGACAGUUAUCCAGAUGUCAACAUUACAUGGUACAGGAAUGGAAGGACUUUGGAACCAUCAGAAGGUGUGAUCACAACUUUACAAAGACAAGUGGAUCCAGCAACUCAACUCUCCACUGUGACUUCCUCUCUAGUGUACAAGACAACAAAAAAUGAUAUAAAGAUACCAUUCACAUGUUCUGUGAUAUAUUAUGGUCCAUCUGGCCAAAGAACAAUUCAUUCUGAUCAAGCAUUCUUUGAUAUUUACUAUCCCACAGAGAAGGUGACAAUUCAAGUCUUGCCACCCAAAAAUGCCAUCAAGGAAGGAGACAACAUCACUCUAAAAUGCUUGGGAAAUGGCAACCCCCCUCCAGAGGAGUUUUUGUUUUACCUCCCAGGACAGCCAGAAGGUAUAAGAAGCUCGAAUACUUAUGUAUUGACAGAUGUGAGACGAAAUGCGACAGGAGACUACAAAUGUUCUCUAACAGAUGAAAAAAGCAUGAUUGCUUCCACGACUAUCACAGUGCACUAUUUGGAUUUGUCCCUUAACCCAAGUGGAGAAGUUACUAAGCAGAUUGGAGAUGCUCUUCCUGUGUCAUGUACUAUAUCUUCAAGUAGGAAUGCAACUGUUGUUUGGUUGAAAGAUAACACUAAGCUCCGGUCUAGGCCAUCAUUUUCCAGUCUACAGUAUCAGGAUGCUGGGAACUAUGUCUGUGAAACUAAUCUACAAGAGGUGGAAGGGUUAAAGAAAAGAGAAUCUCUGACUCUAAUCGUGGAAGGAAAACCUCAAAUUAAAAUGACAAAGAAAACUGAUCCAAAUGGAUUGUCUAAAACCAUUACCUGCCAUGUGGAAGGUUUUCCCAAGCCGGCUGUCCAGUGGACAAUUACAGGCAGUGGAAGCGUCAUAAACCAAACGGAGGAGUCCCCCUAUAUCAAUGGCAGGUAUUAUAGUAAAAUUAUCAUUUCCCCUGAAGAGAAUGUUACAUUAACUUGCACAGCAGAAAACCAGCUGGAGAGAACAGUAAACUCCUUGAAUGUCUCUGCUAUGUUUUCUUAUAGUGUCUUUCAUUUGAGCCUCAUAAGCGCUUUGGGGUGUAGCCAGGUCAGUAUUCCAGAACAAGAUGAGGCAGACGAUAUAAGUGAUGAAAACAAAGAGAAAGUGAAUGACCAGGCCAAGUUAAUAGUGGGGAUUGUCGUUGGCCUCCUCCUCGCAGCUCUUGUUGCUGGUGUGGUCUACUGGCUGUACAUGAAGAAAUCAAAUUACUCACCUAAACCCUGCCCCCAAAGUGACAUCAGUGGAAAGUCUGAGAAGGCAGCAGCACAGAAGUUUCAAACCCACUUGAGGACAGCAUCAAAACAUGUAAACAAAGACCUGGGAAACAUGGAGGAAAACAAAAAGUUAGAAGAAAACAAUCACAAAACAGAAGCUUAAGAGAAUUUUUUUCCCCCAAUUGCUGUUCCAGAGAAAAAAAAACAUAUAGACCAAUUGAAGCAUGAACGUGGAUUGUAUUUAAGACAUAUACAAAGACAUUGACAGCUAUUCAUGGUUCAAGUGUUAAGCAGUUCAUUCUACCAAGCUGUCACAAGAUUUUAGAAAAUUAUCUCAAGUAAAACAACAAAUAGAAAAA